GCGAGGCGCUUGCCAAGGCAAAAGCACCCAAAAAGCACGCCCAAACACCACCGCGGGCCUAGUGACAUUCAGUCGGACUCCCUAGACGCCACCGCAGCGCCAGCGACCGCGAGACGCGCGGACCGGGCUGCCCCGCAGACCGAUAGCACCGGGCUGCCCCGCGACGCGACCAUGGUCGCCCCAACGCAAACAGCAACACGAACACAGCGCCCCCGGUACAAUGAGGAGGACCUCCAGGGCCUCACGCUCAUGUCGGACCCGAGGGUAAUACGAGGAUCGACGCACUCGUUGUAUCGAGACGACUCCCUACCUGCCGCGGGCUCGGCGCUCGACGCCGUCGCAAGGCGCCGCCCGCGGCGACGGCGCGCCAAGAAGCGGGAGCCCACCGUCUUCGAGAAGGCCCAGGUGCCCGCGCCGCGAUAUGUGCCGCUCGACCUGACACCGUACCUCACCGAGCGCGAGGAGCAGCGGAGCACAACGACUGCGAGCGAGCAGACCGACGGCUUCCUGGAGCAGCCGCCGCCGGCGCCCUACGUCCCGCCGAAGACGGGUAUUGAUGUGGAGACGGACAUGACCGAGAGCCAGCCGUUCGACGAGGGCCGCGAGGGCGAAGACAUGUUGGUUGACGUCCUCUGUGAGAAGACUUUGGAACAAGCUCUCCUGGAGGCGGAGCAGGAGUUUGAAUUAGAAGGCAUCCAGGCGAGGAACGACGAGCUGACCGCUGCGAAGAAUGCGGAGGCAGCGAAGGUCAAGGCCCUCGAGAAGGCGACGAUGGACGACGAGGCCCAGAAGCUGUCGGACCUGGAGUACCACAAGCAGCGCUUGGCUCGCGAGCGCGAUUUGGCUCGCAAAAUUGGUGCUGUCGAGUUCAUGGCGCAGAACGUCGACCCUAUUUUUGAAGCUGCGUUCCAGCACUUUGAGAGCCGGGGCGCGUGGCCGGACCCCGUGGAGUACGAGAUCCGCAAGGAGUUCCUGCCUUCUCUUAUCAAUGGUGUGGCGGAGCAGCUCCAGGGCGAGAUGCUGCUCGCGCAGAAGGUGCUCGACGAUGUCAUUCAGGGCUGCGUUGAUGGAUGCAAUUAUCAUCCGGAGCUCGAGCCGCCGAAACCGCCGCCGCCGCCCGAGGAGCCGGAGGAGGAGGAGCCGGAGGAGGGCGGCGACGACGCACCGCCGCCAGAGGAGUAAAAACUACAAAGAC